CUUACAAGUUACAAGUACCUUCUGCUUUCCAAAUUCCAUGUAUAUCUUUUUAUCUUCAAAACAAAUCACCACAGCACAAAAUGACCACUAACCUGAGCUUCUUCUCUCCCAAGCCCACAAAGACUCGAGCUUUAUUCCCCAAGAACCCUUCUUCUCUCUCCCCCUACACACCAAAACCCUUGUUUAACAAAACCCAUUUUUCCUCUUCACAUUUCCGAUUGGGAGCCAAGAAAAAUAAGAACACACUGUUUUGUAAUUGCAGCACAGUUCCUUUUGUCUCCCCAAAUGCAACCCAUUACGAGUUUGUUGAUGAUUCAUCUGAGGUAGAGUUGAGAUUGGAACUCGGGGAGGAAAGCAUAGCUCCAGGGGACAUCUUUGUGGAUGCUAGUGACAACUCUUUAGUGAUAAAAGUGAGAAAAUCGGGAACUCAACAGACUCUCUUAGAUACAAAUAGUCUCUUUGGAGUGAUAAAGCCUUCCGAAACAAUAUGGUACAUAGAUGAUGCCCAACUUGUAGUUAACUUGAAGAAGCUAGACCCAGAACUAAAAUGGCCUGAUAUAGUGGAAUCUUGGGAGUCUUUAACGUCAGGGCUCGUUCAACUAUUGAAAGGGACUUCUGUUUUUUUAGUUGGGGAGUCGACAGAGAUAAACCAGAAGGUGGCUCGAGAAUUAGGCAUUGGUCUUGGUUACACUCCACUCAGCACGAAAGAGCUUCUCGAGUCGUAUACCAAGCAAACUAUUGAUACAUGGGUGAGGGAAGAAGGCUCUGAUACAGUUGCAGAAGCAGAACAUGCUGUAUUGGAGAGUCUUAGUAGCCAAGCCAGAACAGUUGUAGCUACAUUGGGAGGCAAACAUGGUGCAGCAGUUAGGCCAAAUAAAUGGCAACAUCUUUUUUCGGGAUUCACAGUUUGGCUGUCACAAUCCGAAGCUAAAGAUGAGGGGUCAGCAAAAGAAGAGGCGAAGAAAAACAUGGAGGAUGGCAAUGAAGGUUAUAGUAAUGCCGAGGUAGUGGUGAAGCUUUCUGGAUGGGACCCGACUUAUUCCAAAGCCGUGGCUCAGGCUUCUCUUAGUGCUCUCAAGCGAUUGGCUAUGCACAGGGUAAGCGGCCCGGAUGUGGAGGAGGAGGUCAAUACUGACAAAGAGGAAGCUCAGACGACUGUCGAAGCUGACGAUGGAAACAAAAUGCUCCGAUCUCAUGAUGAAAAUUCACCGAAUGAUGAGAAGAACCUUCACACGCAGCUGGAAGGCACUGCUCAAGGUGGAGAAAAUGGCGAGCUUUCACAAAUCAAAGAGAAUUCUACUGAUGUUCAAAAUGGUGCCAAUGGAGGGGAUUCUGCUGCAAAGCCAUCUGAUGUACAAACUCAAAACGAGACUGCGUGGUAUUCAAGUGCUCCCGAAGAAUAUAACGAGUUGCUGAACAAAUAUUACGAGCUCGAGGGACAGAGGCAGCAAAUUCUCCAGCAAAUUAACCAAUACAGCAGCUGGAAUUAUCAACAUGCUGUGUCUAAUGCUUCCACUUCAGGGUAUCAAUCAUGUGCUCCUCAACCCCACGAUACUGUCACGUGUUACUGUCCGUACGGCUGUCAAAAUUGGGCUGUUCCAAUUAAUUCAGUACCAGCUUGUUGUUCGGGUAAGUCUAAGGACUCAACAAUUCAUGGAGAUUCUGAUUUUGUUCAGAAGGCGAUGUUUGCUGCCGAAAGAGCAUUGUCUUCAAUCAAGAAGGAAGCAGAUGGAGUGGAAAACAAACAGGCUGGGAUUGAAGUAAGUGAUGCUGCUAAAGACACCAAAUCUUCUACUGAUCUUGAUGUGGUUCUAAGCGCUUGGUACCGUGCAGGCUUUUACACGGGAAAGAAUAAUACAAAACCCACCCUCGAGGUUCAACUAAGUUCAGAAGAACUCUUAUCAAGAAAACUAAUCUUCCAAUGUCUUUUUGUCUUUCGAGAUUUCAUCCUUUCAAAAGGUAUCUAUCUGAGCAGUCUAUGGAAAAGACCAAACACAGUCAAAGCCCUUGAGCCUUUUGAUGUAAAGCAGAAUUUAGCCGAGGUAGCUACAUCUGUGCACAAUGAAAAGCUCGUAUUUUCUCUACACGAAUUGAAGAAAAAUCGUCUAGUUCGAUGAGGAAAGAAUUGUGAUAUCUCAUUGUUGGUUGGUUAUUUUUGAUUCUGUGCUGCAAUCAUUUCAAUGGUUCAUGAUGUGAUGGUAUGUAUAAAACCACCAGCAAAGCAUAUACAUUUUGUUUUCAUGAGAAAAAUGCUGUUACUUUGGUUCUACUGACUUAAUUUCUUCUAUUUGAAAAAUAGUGUACCUUGUUUUCGGUUGAAAUUUUCUUGCGUUUGGAAGAAUACCACUUCUCUAUCAAGCUACACCAGAGCUUAAUUAUCGAACAUAUUGACGAAUUGUAAGGUUUUUCAAACUUAUAGAACAUAAGGAUAAGCUCG